CAAUUCGCUUACCAGCUGAACUGCAAUUCCGACUGGCCCCCAGCCAACCAACCAACUCAGCCUCUUCAACCUCACUUCACUCAUCACAUCAAAUCGCAUUGAAUUGUUAUCGCUGUGAAGUGAGGGCGCGCAUCUCUCGACUCAAGCGCUAUCACUCCAUUGAAUUCUUCUUUAAGACUGCGCUCGUCAAUUAGUUUGUCUCCCCAUAUUCUUUGAUCUCCUGCUCUUUUCCCCCCUUAUCCCUCUUGCAGCUCUUCCAACUCGUCGAUCCAGUCGCAUCCGCAGCCUCGCGUUCUCCCUUCCUCCUCACUCUUUGACGCGGCAUACCCGUCUGCGAUUCUCAAAUCAUUCUUCUCAAUUCUUCUUAUGCUCAUUCUUCGCCCAGGGCGCGUUGUCCCCCAAAUUUCUUCUUCAUGGCGCCUCUUUGGCAACCUUCUUUUCGUUCCCUCCACUACCAUUUGUCCAUACGUUGCUCAAGAUAACCUCUCUAACGUCGAUCAUGUUGCCAAACAAUAGAUAAUUCCUUUGUAUUCCUUGCAAAGUGCUCAAUAUCGAGCCGCGAAGACUCACGCAGAAAUAUCGCUUUCUUCCAUGCCGCGUCGCGUCGCUGGCAACGAUAUAAACGAUGGACUCGUACACAUCUUUUCGCGACGCCUCAGGUCGUUCUCCAGUUGAUCGUAGUUGGAGCCGAGAUGACUCGCGUACCCGAGAUGAGCGUCCUGACCGCGGGGACUCGUUUUACCGUGGGAGAUCUCCAGGUUCGUCUUCCAAAGACGCUUCUGCUUCCUGCCACCAAGCAGUGACGGGCUUCAGCACAGUAAAUAUAGACAAAGCUUACAAGUCUCAAGGCCACGACCGCCGCGACCGCCGCCGGUCUCGCUCUCCAGCCACUGUCGACCGCUACGAACCCAGACCCCGACGAGACGACCGGGACCGUGAUGACAGGCGUCGCAUGCAGUCGCCACCUGCCAAUAUUGACCGAUACGUACCUGGACAGGAUUCCGGGUCAACUAAUCCAACUGUUAACCCCCUCCCCGACCCUGCCAAGCUCCAUUACCAAGUUGGCUUCUCCUACUUUGGAGAAUGGUGGAGAAUGAACGAGAAGAUCAAGGAGGAGAAAGAGCGAAUGCGUACUGGUCGACGCCGUGAACCGGAACGGGCUCGCGGCCCAGAAGAUCGCGAAAAGGAGAAAGCCAGGAUCCAAGCUGCCUAUGAUGCGUAUAAAGAAGAACUUCAAGCCAAGAUGGCACGGACAUUUGUUUCUGAACAUAAGAAAGAGCAAUGGUUCAAGGAGCGAUAUGUUCCGGAAAUUCGUGAUGAUUUCAGGGGAAAGCUGAACGAAUACCGACGCGGUGCUUACAGCCAGUGGGAGCAAGAUCUUGAAUCGGGCACUUUCGAUGACUUUUCUCUUGAGGGUCUUCCCAAGAGUGAGAGCAACGGCAGUGGUGGUGUAGUUGAAAAGGAAGAGGGAGAGGCUACAGCCACAAACGAGAUCCUGGGCGUUGGAGAUCUGGUUCCAGUCAAUGGCGCUGACAUCCGCGACGAGAGCCAGUUCCAGCCAACUCUCUUGAUCAAGACCAUCGCCCCGCAUGUUAGCCGCCAGAACCUCGAGGCCUUUUGUAAGGAGCAUCUCGGCGAGGAGGAAGGUGGCUUCAAGUGGCUUUCUUUAUCUGAUCCCAACCCCAGUAAGCGGUACCACCGUAUUGGUUGGGUCAUGCUUCACCCCUCAUCCGAAACAUCACUCCCCGUAGACCGCGUUGAACCUAAGGAUGAGGAUGGCGAUGAGGCGAUAACAUCUCUUCAGCCAGCAUCUACUGCCGACAAGGCUCUGGAGGCCAUCAACGGUAAGACUGUCAAAGAUGAGGUCAGAGGAGACUUUGUUUGCCACGUUGGAGUCCACAACCCACCUGUCCAUCCCCGAAAGAAGGCCCUGUGGGAUCUCUUCUCCGCUCCUGAGCGCAUCGAUAAGGACCUCUUGCUUGUUCAGCGAAUUGUCAACAAGUUUGAGGAAGAAUUCGGAUCCGAUUUCCAAGCCACUCUGAAAAUUGAAGAAAAGGUCGAAGACCUGAGAAACGCGGGUCAGCUUCAACCGGCUGUGGUUCCAACCCCUGUCAAGAAGGUCAAGAAAAUCAGAGAAGUGGGAAUGGACGAAGCUAUGGACGAGGAAGAAGACGGCGUCAUUGAAAUUGAGGAAGAAGAGGAGGAGGAGGAGGGGGCCGUAGAAGAUGAAGAAGUUGACGACGAGGAUCUUUUGGUCAAGAAGAAGCAACUUGAUCUUUUGAUUGAAUAUUUGCGCCGCGUCUUCAACUUUUGCUUCUUUUGUGUUUUCGAAAGUGAUUCAAUUCACGAACUUACACGAAAAUGCCCUGGUGGUCAUUUGCGCAGACCUCGCAGCACACUUUCGUCUGCUGCAAAGGCUGUUGCUAGAGCCAGCGCCAAUGGAGAGCCAUUCCCAGGCAAGAAGAGGGGCGAAGGGGCAGAAGAGAAUGAGGGCGAGCUUACUGAAGGUGAAAAGAAGUUUCGAAACGCCUCAAACAAGACGGAGCAGCAACUCCUUCGGGCGUUUAACUGGGUUAAGACUUUCGAAGAUAAGCUUACCCAGAUUCUGGACCCUCAAUCUGUCGAUAUUCGAAAGCUGGGUGGCCGACCUGCUGAUGAGGCUGUCGAUGAAGAGCUUCUCAAACAUGUGAAGCAGGAGGAUGAACACAAAUGGCGGUGCAAAGCUCCCGAGUGCUCCAAGUUGUUCAAGGAAGAGCAUUUUUGGCGUAAGCACGUUGAGAAGCGCCACGGUGAUUGGCUUGAUAACCUGAGGCAAGAGUUUGAACUCAUAAACUCAUAUGUGAUGGACCCCUCUCACAUUGCACCCUCAAGAACCGACGCAAACUCAAAUGGUCACUUCCCGCCUUCCAAUGGCCAAUCCAGCAGUGGAACACCACGAGGCUUCAACCUGCAGAACUUUACCAUGAACGGUAUGAUGGGAGGAGGGAUGCCUGGCUUCCCCAUGGCUCCAGGCAACUUCUCGCCUAUGUUUGCAAACAUGCAAUCCGGAAGCUGGAACCCUAUGGACGAACGCUCUGGUGGAGGACCUAUCCGUCGUGGAGGAAUGGGUGGCGGACGAGGCCAAUACCGCUCUGGACCUUAUGAUCGUCGAGGCGGCAACCGUUUUGACGGUGGUCGUAACCGCAACGGCGGGUCACGCUGGGGUGACGGCGCUGGAGGUGCUGCGGGCGGGCCUCGGGAGGCAGUCCAGGGCCGAAGCCUCAAGAGUUAUGAGGAUUUGGACCAGGUUUCGGGUGGUGGAAGUGGUGAGCUCAAUUACUAAACUGCUCAUUAUGCUUUCCUUCCAGAGCAAGGCGAUUUGGACGCUUCGGAGUUUGCUGAUUUUCUUAAUAUCAAUCACUAAGUACCUGGAUCCUGGGAAGGUCGCUGCUUUUAGACUCUAUGUAUCAUAUGCCUACACAUGUUGCUCUCAUGCCGGUUUUUGAUGGACAAAUAGUCCUGAAAAUAGCGGUUACCUACAGAAUGCUUCUUCUUAUAUCCAAUUGUUGUUCCCUAUCCUCCAGCUCAAAGGUCCCAAGAAACGGAGAAGAUUCCUAAAAGACGGUUGCAGUUAUGCACAUAAUCCUGCAGGCCUGAAUGGUACUCCUGAUGCAAGCUAGAACGGAGCAAACGAAGGCUUCAUACAUGAAUCAAUUAUCUUAGUUGCUAUACUGUA